CCUCUUGCUCUUCUCUCCAAGAACUACUCAUCAUCAUCAUCAUCAUCAUCUCUCUCUCUCUCUCAUUCAUCCCCAAUUCACAUUUUCUCUCUUCUCACUCCAACUACACAAUUUGAAAUUCUAGACAUAGAUAGAAAAAAAUGAAGAAAACCCACAAGUUCUCCAUCUUCCUCCUCCAACAAUUUGCUUUCCAUUUCUUGUUGACUGCAAAUUCUCAACCCACUACAGAUUCUUGCAGCUCCAAUAAUCUCCUCCCCAAGAACCAACUCCCCUUUGAUCCCUCUUCUUUCACCUGUCUUCCUGUCUGGAACUCCCACAGCUUCAUCCUCCGAUACAAGCGAACGGAUUUGAGCGUGUGGAGCUUCGUGCUGUCUGCGCCGAACGCAAAUGCGUACAUAGGGAUGGGAUUUUCGCCGGACGGGAAGAUGGUGGGGUCCAGUGCGGUGGUGGGGUGGGUGGGAGACGGCGGGGCUCCGACGAUGAAGAGGUAUUAUCUCGGCGGGCAGUCCCCUUCGCUAGUGCAGCCUGAUCAGGGCACACUUCUGCUGGUUAAUCGGAGCUCCUCCGUCGUCGCCGAUGAUUCGAGAAUCUACAUGGCUUUCCGGCUGAUCGCCGAUCGUCCGUCUGACCGGGUGAUCUAUUCGAUCGGACCCGCCGGGCAGCUGCCGUCCUCCGCCACUUUCCGCCUCGCCCAACACCAGGACCAGAUCUCCACUUUCUUGGAUUACACGACAGGUCAAAGUCAAACAAAGACACUGUACAGGAGGCUAAGGAGGAGCCACGGAGUGCUAAACCUGUUUGGUUGGGGAAUAGUGGUGCCGUUUGGGAUAAUGGCUGCUCGCUAUUUCAGGGAAUGGGAACCGGUCUGGUUUUAUUCCCACAUUGCCCUCCAAACACUGGGUUUUGUCUUGGGACUUUUGGGUGUCAUUUUUGGCCUAGUCCUUGAGAAUCGUCUUGGGACUAAAGUAAACACCCACAAAGGCAUUGGCAUCUUCAUCCUCGUCCUUGGUUGCUUGCAGGUGAUUGCGUUCUUGGCACGGCCUAAAAAGGAAGCCAAAGUGAGAAAAUAUUGGAAUUGGUAUCAUCACAACGUUGGAAGGAUUUUGGUCAUAUUUGCCAUUGCAAACAUAUUCUAUGGAAUCCACAUAGCUGAUGGGGGAGUUGCUUGGAAUGCUGGUUUUGGUGUUGCCAUUGCCAUUUUGUUCAUGGCCACAUUCAUCCUUGAGAUUAGGCAUUGGAUGAUUACAUAAGACUGGUCAAAUUGCUCUGUAUUUAUGUUGUUGAUAUU